AUGUCACUGAAUGUGCCAGACUCGCAUGCUCACCUGCGGCCGAAGAAAUCUGCUAGUUCUUUGUCGUCAGCCUUCAAACUCUCAGCUAAUUUCGGUCCGAGGAAAGUAAAGAGCUUGCUGUCCUUCGAUACGGGUGCAAACAAGAACCUAUCCACUGUCGCUGCUAUCACUCUCAAACCUGUGCAAAGUUCUAGCGCUGAGUUUCAAAUAAAGGUUAUUGUCCUCGAGCUCGGCAACAAUCUAUUCCUGGGGAAAGAAGGUGGCCCCGGUCGAAAGUGCGCUAUGGACAACGGGUUUUUCCCAUCUUUUGCUUGGUGUCAAAGUGGCUCGCGCACCGUCAAACCGUACCAUGCCAGGUUAUGGGUAGAAGACGACCCCCCAGAGCCGCGACUCUACAUUCAAAACCUCGAUGAUCACUAUGGGACUUGGAUCUUCAGAGGCGUAUCCUCUCAGGACGAAAAGGACUUCUUGCCUCACGGGUGCGAAACGCGAGACUUGCCUAGAAAACAUACCAUGAUUUCACUAGCCGGCGUGCAGCUCUCUACAGCCGAGGUCAAGUCCGGGGACAUCAUUCAGCUUGGCGUUCAAAAGAAAAUGCCUGAUCUGUCAUGGGGAAGCAGCACGAGUUACUUGCCCGUCUGCGCCCGUGUAACACUCACAAUUAAGAGGAGAUGAACGAGCGAUAGUCAGCCAAUGUCAGCAAAGGCGACGAUGUAUAGUAAUAAUCGUGUCUGUAAUUUCUUAG